AAGAGCCCAUUUAGUAAACCAUACUUGGCACACCAUCUGCGUUAAUUUUCUACUCUGUCAUUGUUUUGACCUUGGCUAUCAACUACAGAUUGCUUGAUGGGAAAGCCAUAGAGCAGUCAAGCCAGGGAACCAAUCCAUGUAGUUUCUGUUUACUUUUUUUUUCCUUGCUAUUAUUUUUUGUUGUUAUCACUCUUAUUAAUAACUGUCCGAGAAAAAGGAAUCUCGUAUUAAUAAUAGUGCUCUUGUAAAUGUAUUGUUUCGCAGAACCAAGAUGAAGAAAGAAUUAGUGUGCUACCUGAUCAUAUUUUGCUCGCCAUCCUUGAUCGCCUCAAACUGCUGUAGUGAUCCAGGCCAGCACACUCUCCAAGCGAUGGGCACACCUCCCUCGCUUGCUCACUCACCUGCUCAUAGACGUGUCACACUUCUUGCCUCGUGACAAAAACAAGAGGGAAAAUUGCACUGUGGAUCAGAUUAUGACCACAUACACAGGAGUGGUGAGGAGGUUGCUGCUGUCGCCUUCCUCUGACAACCGAGCCAUUGAACGACUGCAGCUCAGCUUCUAUAUGGCAGAUCCUUACCUGCUCUCCAUCGGCCGUGCUGUUGGUAAUGUCGUGGAACAUGGCAACACCAAGAGCCUCCAGUUCACAAUCUGGGCAGAUACUCAUCAUCCAAGCUACGAGCACUGUGUGUUGCUUGGAGAACGGUUCAUGUCCUUCUUCCACGCUUGUCCCUCCGCUUUCAGAUGGCUCACCAAUCUUAUCUUGCAAAACAUCACAUUUGGAGAGACUGAUAUAUCCAAAAUCCUCAAUGCCUGCACCAAGCUGGAGUUUCUCUCAUUGACCUACUGUGACUCUGUCAUUGACCCUGCCACCGGCGAUGAUGUGGUCCUAACAAUAGAUGUACCGCACUCGGCACUCGUUGCCCUUGACAUCACCACCUGUGGGUAUGCAGGGGUAGACCUGAUCCAGGCACCGAAACUUCAGAGGCUGGUCUGUGCUAACUGGAUUGGUGCGAAUCCCCCGCUGCGCUUUGGCAAUGUGCCCCACCUUCAGAGCAUUACCCUCCGUCAUGCUGCUCUUCAUUGGCAGAGACCAUUCCCGUUGAGCCACUGUUUCUCCAAUACCACAAGCUUAUCAAUUAUGUACCUUAAUUUCGCCGAUCAAAUGAUUUGGAUUGAACCAGAAGAUCCAAAGCAUCUGUCCCCUAUAUUCAGUCACCUGAGAGAUGUAUAUCUUUACAAUAUUUUCUAUGAAUGUGACCUAAACUGGACUAUGUUUGUUCUUGAAGCCGCACCUUCCUUGUCAAAUUUUUAUCUUAAGUUAUCUCGGCAUCCAUGCGAAAGAAGCAGGUGCGAGGACAGUGCUACGAAGGUGAACGUGCCGUGGGAUCAAACAUCACCUGACUUCAAGCACCGUUGGUUGAGCCUGCUAGAGAUAGUGGGCUUUGUGGUGGAUGAGAAGCUGACAAAAUACAUAAGGCUUAUCAUGGAGCUCGCCAUGGGCUUGAAGAGGAUUCGUUUGCUUGAUCAAGAGCCGUGUGCUAGGUGCAAUGCCAUGAACAAUGGGCAGCCUCUGUCCCCGACCAGAUGGAGAUUUCCAGCAGAGGAAGAAGAGAAGAAUGCAAUAAGGCAGCAACUUGUAGAUGGCUUCUCCUCUCCUGUUGAAAUAAGCAUAGGAUGACAUGGUUCUCUCAUCAUCCCAACAAAUAAUUGUAAGCCUAGUAUCUCCAGCUCCGGUUGUUUCGAUGCUGAGUGGUGUUGUGAGAAUGCCUUCUAUCAGCUAUGUAUAAUAUGCCAGAUGACCUUAAUUUAUUGUUUUUUAAUAAUGGAAAAAGGAGUUCCGGCCUUUUGCUUC